GAGCCUCAUUUCAGCUUCCACUUCUUGCUCCGAUUAUUGCAGGCACGAGAAAAGGCCGGAAAGCCAAUAUCUACACUGAGGUUUCAGGGGCCUGGGAAGAAGUACUCUUCCAGCUUUCGACAGAUGGUAACCAAUGGGCUGCGAAGACAUGUUGCUGCCAUUGAGUUUGAAUAA